CACAGCUGGCAUCAUCAUCAUCAUCAUCAUCAUCAUCAUCGUCGUCGUCCUCCUGUAACCUGUUCUGCUCUGGACAUAAUUGUGAAAGCAUUAGUAUGAAGUGAGUACCUGAACAAGGUCACAGAGACGACCAGCAGAACUGUGCAGGCUGCUGGGAUAUUUAAUCUCUCUGUUCUGCAGUGGAUACAUGAAGUACUCCAAUCCUAUUUUGGGAAGUUAAGAGUCGCUUUCCUGGAGAGAAAGGCUUCUUAACCAUUCCCUCACCAGUACAGUGCACUCUCAACCAAUUGGCAGGCAUGAAAACUGUGCCAAAGGAGGUUAUGAGCAUCCAGAGAGGAGAGAGAAGAGGAAAAUUCCACUGUGUAUUGGAGAUCCACUAAGAAUUUAUUUUAUUUUUAUCCCAUCCAAUACAGGGAAAAAAAUGGUUGGGAGUGGAAGACAGUGUAAUUUUAUCUUUUACUUUACACUUUAAAGCUGCAGCGGACUGAAAAAAAAAACUUUUCCUCCUCUCCUGCGGUCUCCUUUGCAUCUCUGAUUCCAGACUCCUGCGGAAGGGACGCAACAGAAUCCCACUCCUACCUUGGCCUAAAAUGAAUCUACUCCUGGAGCACCUUGACAAGGAACGUGGGUUCAUAUGAUCUGCCCACUACGGUCAUGUAAAUAAAACAAUUUAAACUACAUAAAAAAAAAGGAGACGCGCGUUCUCGGUCAGGAGCAGCAUCAGCACCAGCAUCCGAUGCGCGUCCCCGCCCCGGUAGAGGCUGCCCGAGAUCCCGGGAAGAGGAGUUGGAGCUGCGCGAGUUAAAGUUGGGCUAAAGGGGUGUGAGAGGAUGCUGCAGAACAAUCUACGAUCUAAUUAACAUAGCCUAAGCGGAGAAGCGUGUCCUAAGUGAAGGAUGACUUGCAAAAUACUGAGCAUAUGCCUCUUAUUUUUGGGUUUUCAACAUUGCUCAUCACACGAAUGUGUGGAUCCACUGGUGUCUGGGCUUUAUUCCUCAUCCUUUCUGGCCUCCUCCAGAUAUAACUUUCUGUAUUCUGCGAAUUUUGCCAAAUUGUAUGGCAGCAGUGGCUGGUCCCCGUCCCCCAGGGACAGACAGCCAUGGCUGCAAGUUGACCUGGGCAGGAAGUAUCGACUGCGUGCCAUUGCCACCCAGGGGACGUUCAACUCGUAUGACUGGGUCACUAGGUACACCCUGCUCUAUGGAGACAGACCAGACUCUUGGACACCAUACAUCAUGAAAGGAGGGAACUCUACGCUGCCUGGGAACUGGAAUUAUUAUCAGGUGAAGAGGAAUGUCUUCCAUUACGCCUUUACUGCUAAACACAUUCGUCUGCUGCCUCUGGCAUGGAACACAGAGAAUGGAGGGAAAAUCGGAGUGAGGCUGGAGCUGUUUGGCUGCCCUUAUGAUUCCUAUGUGCUGCAGUACAAUGGGGAUGACUCGGUGGUCUACAUGUACCCAGAAAAGAAGUCCCGCACGCUAUAUGAUCAUAUUGCCAUAAACUUCAAGACACUGGAGCAGGAUGGUCUGCUUUUACACAGUGAGGGAAUUCAGGGAGACCUCUUCACCCUGGAGCUGAAGAGAGGCCGUCUUUACCUCCAUAUUAGCCUCGGGAGCAGCGUUGUACACAAAGUGAACGGUCGAACUACACUGACUGCUGGCAGCCUUCUUGAUAACCUUCACUGGCACUAUGUUACCAUCAAGCGUUACGGUCGGCAGGUGAACUUCACAGUCGACAGUCAGACAGUGUCGGCCAUCUGCAAUGGAGAGUUCACCCACCUGGACUUGGACACGCAGCUAUACGUCGGAGGAGUAAUAGAGCCAAACUUGCCUCACCUCCCCACCACACCAAAUUUCCGUGGCUGCCUGGAGAAUGCUUUCAUCAACGGUGUCAACAUUAUCGGCAAGGCUAAGCAAGAGGAUCCUGACAUCCGUAUCCCCCGAAAGAAAAAGAUGCAUUUUGCCUGCCGUGACAUUCUGCUCAAGCCGAUGACCUUUGCUGGGCCCAAUAAUUACCUGCAAGUGCCAGGUUUUUUCAGGCGACCUCGUAUGUUUGUCAAGUUUAAGUUCCGCUCUUGGGACUACACGGGGCUACUAAUGUUCACACGAUUUGCUGAUGACCUGGGUGCUCUUGAGUUAGGUCUAAGUGAGGGACAGAUCAAUGUCACUAUAUUCCAACCUGGCAAGAAGAAACUCCAGUUUGCUGCAGGAUACAGGCUUAAUGAUGGUUACUGGCAUUCAGUGGAUUUGGCAGCCAGAGAUAACCUCCUGACGCUCACAAUUGAUGAGGAGGAAGGCUCUCCGCUGAAGAUUACCAACCCUUUUACAAUUCGAACAGGGGACCGCUACUUCUUUGGAGGUUGUCCACAAACCAACAACACGAUACGGAAAUGUGAGACCAAGCUGAAUCGCUUCCACGGUUGCAUGCAGCAUAUUUUUAUAGACAAUGAACAACUCGAUAUCGACAUUAUCCUGCAGCGGCAGUGGGGACGUUAUGCUGAGCUGUUGUUAGGAACAUGUGGGAUCACAGACAGAUGUACACCAAAUCCAUGUGAACAUGAAGGCAGAUGCAUUCAGUCCUGGGAUGACUUUAUAUGUUUGUGUGAAAACACCGGCUAUAAAGGAGAAGUGUGUCAUAUGUCUGUCUAUAAAGAGUCAUGUGAGGCCUACAGACUCAGUGGCAAGUAUUGGUCUGGAAACUACACCAUCGAUCCAGACCUCAGCGGCCCACUGAAACCAUUUGAAGUGUACUGCAAAAUGAAGUCAUAUAAAGCUUGGACUGUCAUUAUGCAUGACCGUGUGGAUGGUACCAAGGUGAGUGGGAGUUCAAUAGACCAGCCUUACAUAGGAGAUGUCAACUACUGGAAUGCCUCCUGGGAUGAAGUCUCCGCCCUGGCCAACACCUCUAUGUACUGUGAGCAGUGGAUCGACUACUCCUGCUACAAGUCCCGUCUCCUCAACACCCCCAAUGGCAGACCGUUUGGUUACUGGAUCGGUCGUAACAAUGAGAGUCACUACUACUGGGGAGGAACAUUCAGAGAGGUACAAAAGUGUGGCUGCAGCAUCAACCAAACCUGUGUCGACCCCAAGUUUCAAUGCAACUGUGAUGCCGACUAUAGACAAUGGUACUCAGAUAAGGGCUACUUGGACUUCAGAGACCACCUGCCGGUGAGGAAAGUGGUAGUCGGGGACACCAACAGGACUGGGUCAGAAGCACAGUUCACUGUCGGGCCGCUCCGUUGUCAUGGCGACAGAAACAUCUGGAACACUAUAUCUUUCACCAAGCCCACCUAUAUAACCUUCCCUACGUUCAGACCUGGUUCCAGUGCUGACAUCUCCUUCCACUUCAGAACCUAUCGUCCUAAUUGCGUCUUCUUAGAGAACUCUGAGGACUGGCUUCGAAAUUUUAUACGGAUUGAGCUUAAUACCACUCAUAACCUUGCCUUUGUGUUCAUGGUUGGUGAUGGUAUCCUUAAUGUGACUCUACAUUCUCCUGUGGCGCUUAACGAUAAUGAGUGGCACUUUGUUCAGGCUGAGAUUAAUGUAAAACUGGCUCGUAUCAAGGUCGAUUAUCAACCUUGGGCUGUUAAACGUUUCCCUGGUCAGACCUUUGUCACCAUGGACUUCUCACACCCUCUUCUUGUAGGUGCAGCCAACCGCACACUCAGACCUUUCUUAGGGUGUAUGCGAGGGUUACGGAUGAAUGGUGUUCCCCUUGAUUUAGAGGGGAAGGUUAAUGAAGAACAAGGAAUAAGAAGAAACUGUACUGGAGCGUGUCUUAAUGCUACCAUACCAUGUCGAAACAGUGGCCAGUGUAUUGAGGGCUAUGCUUCCUACACUUGUGACUGUAACAACACAGCCUUUGAUGGGUUCUACUGUCAUAAAGACAUUGGCGCCUACUUUGAAAUUGGCUCGUGGCUGAGGUACAAUAUAAGAAAAAAGCCUGUAUCAGAUGAAGCGCAAUGGGCCAACUGGAUCGACCCACAUUACGACAACUUCAGUCUGGGCUACAAUGACACGUCUGAUGACAUAGAGUUCAGUUUCAGCACCGUUCACGCACCAGCUGUGCUGCUGUACAUCAGCUCUUUCGUCCAGGACUACAUUGCCGUUAUCCUCAAGACUGAUGGUAGCGUAGAUCUGAGGUAUAAACUGGGUCUCAUAACUCACAAGUACCAGCUGACUCACCGAAACCUGGCAGAUGGAUACCCUCACUACAUUAAUAUAACUAGACACAACAGAACCAUCAAAACACAGGUGGAUUACAUGGAGCCCAUAGUUGAAAAGAUAACGUUGGUGGAAGAUGCCAGGUUUGACUCUCCAAAGUCCAUGUUCAUGGGCAGAGUGAUGGAGGUCGGUGAUAUUGACUAUGAGAUCCAGAGGCAUAAUGCUCCAGGCUUUAUCGGCUGCAUAUCUGGGGUGAGAUACAACGUCUACGCUCCUCUAAAGGCCUACUUCCGUCCGAAUGAAACAGAUCCUCCGGUAACGACACAAGGCUACGUCUCGGAGUCCAACUGCGGUGCUUUCCCUCCUGUCCUGGGUUAUGUGCCAUGGGAGGCCGACCCCUGGUUUACUAGCAUAGAGUAUUUGUAUAUCCAUGAUGAUCUAGGGCUUUUUUGGAUAACAGUCAUUGUCAUCCUGGCCCUGGUGCUGCUCUUUGGAGGUCUGUACAGCAUCUACGUCUAUGCGUACCAGCAGAAAGGCAGCUACCACACCAAUGAACCCAAGAACCUGGAGUCUCCCAGUAGCUCCAGGCCGCUGACGGAGACCCUUCGGAGAGAAAAAAAGAACCUCCCAGAAAUCGAAGAGGAGUUCAGGAGCGACUAGCAUCACAGGACUUAUGGGACAAUGGGUGGGGUUUUGACUCGAGGGGGGAUUGGGAAGAGGGAAAUAGCACUUACAACAACCACAGAUACCUGCGUUAAGUUUUCUAAUUCUCUCGACUAUUUUUUUUUUUUUUUUCAUUUUGUUUUUUGUUCUCUCCCCUGUUAAGUGGGAUCUGAUGCCUGGUGCUCUACAUAGUAUGUAUUUUGGUAAGUUCUAGUUUUGCUGGGUUCAAAGAUCAAAUUCAGCCCCAUGUUGCGUGAGUAGCCAACAAGUCUCACACUGUAUUGCAGGGUGAAUUACUGAAGUGCCUCAUCUGAGCAAGCUUGAUCUGACGGAACCAUAAUAGCUUAUUCAGAUAGGGUUAGGUUAGACACUGUGGGAACAUGAUUUUAUUGGAUGUCUAUCAAUAACCAACACACAAGUCUUCAGUCUUUUAUUGAUUGCAUUUUUUCAGAUGGUUUAAAACUAUCAUUAGUUACUAUAUAGAUUUAUUUCCAUCGAAUAUACACCUUUUGAUGACAAUCUCUCUUUGAGCCAUUUUUGACAUUGUAGAUGAUCUGUUGUGGGUUCUAGCAGUGAGCACAUCUGAGAGCUUUUCUACUGAACCAGUGAAACAAAAACAAACAAAAAAAAAAAUCCAAAUUUAAAAAACAAAACUGUUAAAGCCAACCACCUGGAGAGAGAACACACUGACAAGCAUGGAGCUUUGAAAUGUUAAGCUUUGAGAUGACACAUAUAAAGACUGUAAAAGGUAUAUAUGCUUAUAUUUGUUGUAUUGCCGCCUACAACAGUGCGUUACCUAUACAGAAUGGCACAUGUAGGUGAUUCAGAAUUGCCAUAGUGUCAGUAGAUAGCAGCUUUGCCAAUAACAGUAUGCUCAGAUUCUCAACCAUGGGGCUUUAGAAAUGGGAGUGUUAUUUAUUUAUUUAUUUAUUUAUUUUUUUAUUUAUUUUUAUGAAGAUACUGAACCUCUAGGUGUGAGAGCUAACAGAUGAGGUAUUGAAAUAACAGAGGACGGUUGUUGGUCUACUGCGGAAUCAAAACAAAAGUUGAUCUGAUGACACUAACUAAGGACAGGGUGGUAUUCGUACUUGCAUUCCGUCUGACUUACUUCUAGUGCUUACGCAUAUAAAGGUCAAGCUUCCAGUAACUCGGUGCUACAGUGUUUUUGUCAGAGCAGGCACUUCCGGUGACUGUAUUGCACAAAGAUCAGAUUUCUCACAAACUUCUCAUCUUUAGUAAUAAUAAUAAACAUCCUUCAGGAAACGCUGGCUCCUUAAAGCCACACGGAGACAUAUAAACACACAUGCUCUAACACAAAAACAUAUGUACAGAGGGCCACAAGUGUAAAUGCUGAUCAUUUACUUAACUCACACUGCUUGAAUAUUUUUGGAUAUUCUGCAAGACAGUGACUGACUGCGCUGUCUUUGCUGCUGCUUGUUUAGCUGCUUUCAGUGAAUUAAAUACUCUACCUAUAGUUAAAUGAAAUUUCCUUCUCAGGCAAAGAUGAAAUUCCAUUUGACAUUGGGUGCAACCAAAGCUUCAGGCUUCCAUCAGUCACUUGACGCUUCUUGACACUAAGGCACUGUUGUGUAUGUUAAAAAAAACAACAAAAUGAAAACAAAACACAUAAAAAACAAACGCCAUAUAUCGGCUAUGCAUAUGUAGAGCAUGACCGCACUUUGCAGUAACAUGCCAUAAUAUGAGCUUCUCUCAGUCACCAAUGAUGCUAAUGUUUAAUUUGCAAAAAUAGCAAUUAAGAUGUAAUGGGUGUAUACGUGAAUAUAUGAAUAAUGUGUUAAGUGACUUUUUUAUUCCUUCGGUUUGUACAAAACUAGUUAAAAUCUGUUAAAUGGAGUGAUCUGAAUGUAAAUCUUUUGACUCUGUAAUGUAUGAGCAGACACUACAGUGAAGACGGCAGUGAUGUUUUCAUCGUAGGCUGCUUCAACAUUGAAAGUAAUUUAGCCAUGGUAGCUUUUUUUUAGAAUGCUCAGGACAUAGAAAGUACAGUACUUGUUCUCUGUAGCAGUAGUACACAUCUAAAACGCAACAUUACUGGUUUGAUUUUGUUGCAGAUGAGCAGGACUGUGCAGAAUUGUACAGAGAUAGAAUGUACAGUGGAUGUAAAAACUGCGGUUACUGUAAAUGCAGGACUUGCUAAUACUGUACAGUAAUGUAUGAAAAUGUACAGACAUGGCCAAAACAGGCAUAUACAGGCUAUAUUUUUCAGAAUGUGCUGAGAAGUGAAGAAACAAGUGAAAGUUGUGUGAAACUGUCGAUUUGCAGCCAGAAUGAGGAAGUCUGUGUUUUUGUUAAAUGGACAAUCACAACUCAAAAAUGAUAUUAGACACCAAACAAAGUUGUAUGCUUUUGUUGCCUAGUGGGCAAGAGUCAUGUUAUGCAUUGUAUAAAUGUAUACACCUCACUGAUUUCAUGGGAAAGUCGAUGUAAACAUUCAGCCUAGCAGUGUCACUUCAUGCAAUUCACUAUUUAACUCAUGCGUGGUCCCUGAGCGUGUGUAUGUGCGACUGAAUGGAUGUUUAAUUGUUUGUGUAUUUAUAGUUUGCCCAAGAUACGACGUUCUGAUGUUAAGUAAUAACUGAGAUUU